CUUAGCAACGUGUAGCUGAACCCGGAAGUACUUUAUGUCGCGUCGGCUAACCGGCUAAUAUGACAGGUUGAAGUCUGGCAGAGUUGGGAGAUUUAGUCGAUAGUUAUCGUUGCAGCGUAUUAAGGACAUGCCAAAUAACUGGUGUUUCGCUCUUCGGGGACUAUUAUAAGUGGGGGUCCAACGACGUCCCCGACCAACGGCGUUUCGAGGUUUUGAAUUGUCGCUUGUAGUGUGCAAGCCAACCGCAGGAGUAAGGUGUGCCUUCAAAAUGUUUCCCUCACACGCAGAUGAUAGGCCACGAUAGGCUUGUCAAGUUAUGCAGGGGUUAUGGAAAGCCUACAAAAGUCUGCUGAAGAGCAACAAUACACUUUAUACAAAGACAAUUCAUGGCCCAACAAACAGGAAUCAACCAACCAUUACAAAUCAGGUGUCGGUGGAUUUGUUUUAGUGCAUGCAGGAGCAGGUUACCAUUCGGAAUCCAAGGCCAAGGAGUAUAAGCAUGCAUGCAAAAGAGCUUGCCAGCAAGCUGUGGACCAGCUCAAAGCAGGGGCCCUUGCAGUUGAAGCUGUGGCUGCAGCAUUGGUUGAGCUUGAGGACUCUCCUUUUACAAAUGCGGGUAUGGGCUCCAACCUUAACUUGUCAGGGGAAAUAGAGUGUGACGCCAGUAUCAUGGAUGGGAAAUCACUGCAUUAUGGAGCUGUAGGUGCUAUUAGUGGUAUUAAGAAUCCUGUCUUAGUUGCACAUCGCCUGCUUAGUGAAGCACAGAAAGGGAAACUUUCAGCUGGCAGAAUACCACCCUGUUUUUUAGUGGGACGGGGAGCACACGACUGGGCCAUUAGCCAUGGUGUCCCACCCUGCCCCUCAGAGAAAAUGGCCACUAAGUUCAGUUUAUCUGCAUAUAAGCGGAACAAAAGAAAGAUGGAGCUGGCUGAGAAAAUGGACACAGGACAUAAUCAAACAAAGAAAAGCAGACAAUCAAGUGGAAAUGAAAAUGGUUUGGAGUGCCUUGACACUGUUGGAGCUGUUGUCGUUGACCUGCAAGGCAACGUAGCUGCAGCGGUGUCCAGUGGAGGUCUAGCAAUGAAACAUCCAGGCAGGGUUGGCCAGGCUGCUCAUUAUGGAUGUGGUUGCUGGGCUGAAAAUGCAUGUAACAUGAACCCCUACUCUACAGCAGUGAGUACCUCAGGCUGUGGAGAGCAUCUGAUUCGCACCAUGCUGGCACGGGAAUGCUCCGCUUCCAUGCAGUCAGAAGAUGCCCAUCAGGCGUUGCUGGAAGCUAUGCAAAACAAGUUCAUCAGCUCACCCUUUCUGGCCAACGAAGAUCGAGUUUUGGGUGGAGUAAUUCUCUUGCGGUGCUGCAGAUGUGCAGAACCUCAGUCGUCUCCAAAUGUUCAGGGUCCUCUCGUGGAGUUUCUUUGGAGCCACACCACAGAAAGCAUGUGUGUAGGCUACAUGUCUGCCCAAGAUAGCAAAGCAAAGACACACAUAUCCAGAUUACCACCUGGGACAGUUCCUGGUCGGUCCUUGGCCAUUGAAGGAGGUGUUUGUCGCCUGAUGAGCACGGCUUCUCCCUGUGCAAAUGAAUUUUUCACACUAUCCACUACUCUGGCAUAAUGACAUCUCCCGAAAAGACACCCGGAGGUUCCUCACAGGAGGUCUAAACGCUCACACAGCACAGGGCUUACGAGGCCUGCGUCUGAGGACGCCGUGACACUUCACUUCAGCAAGACAAAUGGUGAGUAAUGUGAUUAGCCUUUCAGAGACUUUUUUUUAUUGUCCUCUUCAAAGGACGGACCCCUGUGUCCAAUUGUGCACCGUGGCUCUGCUCAGGCACACGUGACACUUGCGUGGAAGGUGGACAAAUCUAAUAGAAUUGGACAUCUUUGAAGUCAGAUCAUUUACAUUCAGAUUGGGAACAAGAGGAGAUGUUCCAACAUGUUACAAGGAAUGUAAAUGAGAAUAUAUAUUUAAAAAAACGUGGUACAUUAUAAGUGGGUCUCUGUAUUUACAUAUUUUACACAGCAAGUACUGUAAUCAUGAUAUGCAUGAUAACACAGACCUAGAAAUAACCCCAGCAAAUUAAAUAGAGACUCACGGGGCACAACAAUAGCUGUAUUGCAAUGACACAGCCGGAACAAUUUGAAUCAGCAAAGUUGUACACUUUUAUAAAAACCUUAUGUAUACGCAUUUGACAGCAUUUUAAGUUCCAUGUGUUCUUCACUGAGAAAUUAAACAAAAUGUAUAUGCAGCAAAAUGUAAGGGGUUCUUCCUUGUCCCAUGCCGCUACCCUAUAAGAAGUUUGACUGAAAUUGGUUAGAUCCAGCCAUCCGUCCAUUUCCUGUACCGCUUUAUCCUCACUAGGGUGACGGGCAUGCUGGAGCCUAUCCCAGCUACCUUCGGGCGAGAGGCGGGGUACACCCUGAACGGGUCGCCAGCCAAUCGCAGGGCACAUAUAAACAAACAACCAUUCGCGCACACAUUCACACCUAAGGGCAAUUUAAAGUCUUCAAUCAACCUUGCAUGCAUGUUUUUGGGAUGUGGGAGGAAAGCGGAGCGCCCAGAGAAAACCCAUGCAGGCACGGAGAGAACAUACAAACUCUACAGAAAGGAGGGCGGAUUUGAAUCGGGUCUUCAGAACUGUGAGGAAGAUGUGCUAACCAAUCGUCCACCGUGCCGCCCAUUAGAAAUCAAUCAAUGAGAAACUGCCCCUGAUACCAUGCUUACAUGUGUAAGUCAUCAAGUGCUGGCUGCAGGUUCACUCUUUGCCAAGUUCAAUUGUCAGACCUUAUAGUUGUCUAUUGUGUUAAUUGUUUCACCCAACAGUCACCAUGAGAUGCUACCAUUCACAAAUUAACCUUAAGUGACAAUCAUUUGUCAGUUCAUAGAGAACAUUUGUUGCUAAACAAUUGAACCAAAGGUGGGCUCACGACUUGGCAAGCUGCAAGACACUCGAUUUUCCCUCGAAGCCUGCAGCAAUCUUCUGUUGCAGUCUUAUUUGGGCCAGACGCAGCGGAGCUGUCUGAACCAUGUAAAUCUCUCCUUUGUGAGCUUCACUUCAGAAAUCAUUUGCCACAAUUGAAAGAUCUCCCUCCAAAUGGAAAACAGAGAGCAGCGAAGAACACUUUGGCUGCUUUGGACACUGUGGUGGACAUCAAAGCAUGGCAGAGGAUCCCCCUUCUGAAUAGCAGCUACAUGCCAUUCCAAUAAGUGCAGUCUAUUUGGAUGUGUAGUUCAAACGAGGGCUGGUGCAGGCUGCUCUCUGGGGCCCUGCCACUAGACGUCUGGCUGCGCAGAUGUUUUGAAUGCCACUCAAGACCAUUUGCCACUUGGGUUGAAGCUGAGGCCAGUUACAAGUGAAUGCAGGCCAGUCUGGCUACACACACAAACAUUACUCACAUCACCUUUGCGUCAGAACACAUUAUUGGAGUCACAAGUUGAAGCUCUUAUAUGGCGAGUAUCUAGUAUUCUAGUUAAUAGAUAGAAUAAAUAUCUUUGAACAAUGAAACCCCUUUGAUGCUGCAGAACCAUGUGGACCAUGGCCUGCGUUGUAAGAUGUGACUACAAAACUGCCAGAAAAAGCCUAGUAGAACAGCUGAUAUUUAUUUGGGGUUAAUCAGAGGCACUUGAACUGGUGGGAGUUGUAUUGUGACUCCCAUCUAACAUGACUUUAAAUGUGAUUGCUUAAUUGUGGACACAGCCAUUUAAUAAGCAGGGAUGUGCGCUUGUGCAAACACGUUAUCUGAGUUGUUUAUUUGUGUAUUUUUUUCAAUGGAGUUGUACUAGUUAUAGGUUAACUAAUAGUGGAAAAAAAGUAGACAAAUGUUUUAUAUUGGUCUCAUUUUUGUAUAUCGCAAAACCUCCCAUUUAGACAGGGGUGUGUAGAUUUUUUAUACCACUGUAGCUUCCCUUCCCCUCCUUUGUUCAUAGCUGUAUUAUUGACUGUGUUGACCGUGUUAGCAAAAAUACAUAAUACUACUGUUUUUUUUUCUUAAUUGUAUAAAUAAAUGUUAAAUAAAUACAUGAAUAAAUGUUCUGUGAAAGCUCUUAAAUUAAAAAUGAAAGGGUACGCUUCAAUAACAUAAUGAUAAUAAUGCUAAUCCAUAUCCAUUAUGGUGGUGUAUCGAGGUCCACUUUAAAGUCUCCUCAGUGCCAGAAGUGAUAUUAACCCCCCCCCCCCCCCCCCCCCCUUAUAUUGAAAUAAACAUUGGAACUGUUAGCAAAGCCUUAUUAAAAAAUAAAUAUAUAUAUUUUGGAUUUAAUAUGUAAUUGGAUUUUUUUUUUAUACAGCUUGUGUGCUGGAUCCUAUUAGCUUGUGCCAGCGUAACUACUAAUGUGUCAAAAUGUUUAAAUUUAGUCCACUAGCAUCAUUUUAAUAUGUAACUAUGGCAUGAAAGCAUUUAUCAGAUAGACUAUUCUCUACAUAAGCGUCGUCCACGAUUCAAGGUGAUUUUGUGACUUUCAUGACUAAAUGUGGACAAAAGCAAGUCAGAUUUAACCUGGAGCUCCCUAAACAAAAAUGCAUUUCCCCCACUGUGCUAUGUACAAAAAUGCGGCUGCCAUGUCUGUGCAUGUCAGAGUUUGUCUUUCUGCAUCAUCACAAUAGGACUAUUGUUUGAACACCCGUACGUGUGCACUGAUGGUCUGAGUCAUUUUUUUGUAGAAGAAAUCUGUUAAGUGUCCCAACAGACUGUACACCCUUGCUUUAGCGAUUCACAUUUCAAAGGUCAGAGUUACAAAAAGCAGCAAGAACAGAUAUCAAGAGGAAAUAUGAGCCCCCACCCCCCAUCUCCUGUAGAGCUUUAUGAAACAGUAGAUUGGCAUAACGUCACAGUGUAGAGGGGUGAAGAGACUGUUUUGUAUUGUUUCAGGCCUAUAUAGGAGCCAGAUGUGAAUAUUCACUGACACAACAAAGUCAUCCACUAGAACAGUUUGAUCCUUUGGGGGUAUUGGGCUUUCUUUUCCUCCCAUGUCUGUUUUCUGCUUAUGUUCUAUGUUUUUCACAUGGAUAUGCAUACUGUACUAUGUCAUCUAGUAAAGCAUACCUAUAUUUUCCUGCUUCAACUUGUAAAGCAUAUCACACUAUUUCAUAUUAUGCAGGAUAUACAUGUGACUCUAUUUCAUGUUGUAAAGUACAGGCAUAUGGACCAGUUUCAUCUUGUAAAGGAUAUGCACAUGGUACUCCUUUACCAUGUAAAAUAUAUUCAUAAUAUGUCAUCUUGUAAAAAUUAUGUACCGUAUUUUCACGACCAUAAGGCGCACUUCAAAGUCUUAAAUGUUCUCCAAAAUGGACGGGGCGCCUUAUAAUGCCGCGCGCCUUAUGUGUGCACUGAGUUCCAAAAUCUGUAAAUGUUGGUGUGUGACCUUGAUGAGCGCUCCGCUUGACUGACGGGGAGCAUUUCCUGCCGACACGCUGCUUAUAUAGAGGAAAGGUGGACGUGACUGAUGAAAGCGCGUGAAAGAGGACGCUAAAGGCACGCCCCCAUUAGGUAUAUAGCGCUGGUAUGUGCAUUGUGCAAAACAACAUCGGUUUGGCUAAGGACCCCCGAAAAUCGCACCUACGAAGAGACACAUUUACGAAGCGCAGUUUAAACUGCAAGCUAUCAGUUACGCGGAGGAAUCGAGCAGCCGUGAGAGAAUUCAAGAUCAACGAAUCCAUGGUUCGCAAGUGGAGGAAGCAGGAAAACGAGCUUCGCCAAGUCAAGAAGACGAAGCUGAGUUUCUGCGGAAACAAGGCGAGUUGGCCCGAGUUGGAAGACCAACUCGAGCAAUGGAUUAAUGAAGCCCAACCCAACACCGCUGAACAUCGGUGUAAACACGGCGUUCAAAGUGAAGUUGCGAGCGGCGUGGGAACGAUUGAUGACAGAUGGUGAACACAGCUUUACUCAGACUAGGAGGCAGCGCCGGGCGAGUUACGCCACAAUUUGUGAAAGGAUUAUGGAUGCUUGGGCUAACGUGUCUGCUUGCACUGUUGUCCGAGCUUUCGUAAAAAAGCCGGCAUCAUUUCUGAGGAGCCGCACGACAACGAGACUGAGGGAACCUGGCGUGUUUGAUGGAGAACUUGCCCAGCUGUUCAUUUCGGAUACAGAAGAUGAGAACUUUGAUGGAUUUGUGGAUGUGGAUUGAUCAAAAAAUAACGUGAGUACAUUGUUAAAUACUUCAAUAAAGUACAACCGAACUCAGUUUUGCUCCCGCUGCCUUUUUAAAACAUUGUUUUAGCGUGCAUGCAUGCUACCGUAUGUUUUAAGCUAGCGUAUGUUUUACCAUGCCUGCGCCCAAUAAUACGGUGCGCCUUAUGUAUGUGUUAAAUACAGAAAUAGACCCCGUAACUGAGACUGCGCCUUUUCAUACGGUGCGCCUUAUGGUCGCGAAAAUACGGUAUAUCAUCCAACUGAAUCUUAUAAAGGAAUUUCAUCUCGUAAAGGGUAUGCAUUUAGUAUUAUUGUAUUGUGUAAAACGUGCAUAUCGUAAAUUUUGCAAAUCAUGUGUGUGGGGUACUACUGUAUCUUGUAUUGAUCAUACAGUAUGACUAUCAUAUAUCAAAUCUUUUUUAAAGGCAUACUGACUAAUCUAACGGCUAAAAAGAACUAUUUUAUCAAAAAGAGUAUGCCUAACACACCAUUUAAUCAUUUCACUGUAUUUCAUCUUACAGAUGUGAGAAGUGUUGCCAAUAAAUUGUGUAUCUGCAAAGCCUGGCUAUUUCCUUUUCAAGUUAUGCCCAGUUUGAAAGGAGCACACAUUUGUUGCAUGAGCAUGUUAAAAUGUGCCAAAUGUUCACUGCCUAUGCCAAACAGCUUCUUGUGCUGUCACUAUUUGACUCUUGUUUGGUGUUGUUCAGUGGACUGGAUGAAUGAAGUGUUAUCACAUACUAGCCUGUUGAAAAGCCAUAGACAGCCACAACCUGGCGCCUCCUCCACAUGCUGGUCCCCACUACUGCGGGAUGGCUUUCCACAGCCAACGUGCUUGCGUUGGUCACUGUUGCAGUUUUCUCCCUGUUCGACGCCCCUGGGCAGGCUACUCCAUUCCUUUUGCACUAAUCUGGAGUUAGUAUCAGACAAACAACGGUCUGCUCUCGGCGACCGCUGUCUUCUCAGAGGAUUGAGUUUGGUAUCAGUUUGGAGAUAUGAGAUUGCCACAUUGUAGGGCAGUGAUUCCGCAACCACUAUGCCGCAGCACAUUAGUGUGUCGUGAGAGAGCUUUAGUUGUGCAGUGGGGAAUUAUCAAAUUGCACUUAUUUGGUCCGAAAAUCCAAUAUUUACUUCAGUACAAACCAUGUAUAUUUGCAAAAAUAAUCUAGCAUUGGCAGUGACAAUUUCCACAGAGACCUAAUCACUCGUGCUGCUCAUACCACAAAUGCAUAUUCCUUAUCAUGGGGGAUAGUUAAAAUGAAAACGAAUAGCCUGUUCAACAGAACAUUUACAGUAUUGGCAAGGAGCAUUGUUCCAAAAAUAAUUGACCAAACUAAUUUAAAAAAGGAGAUUUCCUCUUGUAAAGAUGGAAAAAUAGAUGUUUCCUCUUGUAAAGACAUAUCCUACUCUUUCAUUGUGUAAAUGAUAUACUACAUAUAAUACCAUGUAUAUUACAGUUUUUGGUCAAAGUGCAUUUUCUCCAGUGAAGGAUAUUCCCAUUAUUUUUCACAUUGUCUAGUUACCCUACAUCCUGUAAACAAGGACAUAAUGUACAUAUAACACUUCAUCUGAACUGUAUUUCCUCUAGUUACUAACUUCAUCAUGUAAUUGAGUAAUUCCCAACCACUGUGCCAUGGCACACAUUAUAAUCUAUAUGUUCUUUGUUCUAUCUUAGCCAGUGAUGCACAGUGACAAGCGGAACAAUUAAAUACUCUUCCAUUAACUCUGCGUAUCCAUCAUUUAAAUGUAUAUACUUUUUUGUUGACGUUCCGUGCCUUGGCUCAGCAAAGCUUGAGGAACAUUGUUGGAAAGGAUACGUAUGCUUAUCAUACUAUCAUGAAGGAAAUCUUCCCAUUUCUUCUUGUAAAAUGUGAUCACGAUGUUGUUUACACAGAGUAAAAAAACACAAAGACAGGGAUACCCUGGGGGCAAACAAGUGUCGACUGGAGCCCAUCUGACACAUUGUGAAAAACACAUUUAUCAUCCAUCCAUAAUCCUUCC